GACUUUGAAACUUCCAAGUAAAGCCAUGGCAGGACUCAUUAAUUCCAUGCCCAAAGGCUGUGGUAAGACUUGAAGUCAAUGGUGGGUCCUUGUUCAUGAAGUAGGUGAAAAUGGAAGAUCAAUAUUCAAUUUCUAGUAAAAGUUAAGUGAUCUCUUCCUAUUUGUUUAACCCUCGGUGGACAAAGUUACUUGAUAACUGUGUUAAUAAAACGUAGCAGGCACCGAAUGAAAUAGUUGAAAUGCAUACAAACUGGCACAGACACUGCUAUUAUAAAAAAAAGGAAAAGGUGGUAACCUCUGUAUUAUAAUUGAACCGUAUUGCUUUGUUAGACUACAAUGGCUCUCUCUAUAUGCUACUCUUCUUUUCUUUCUUAUCUUCUUCUUUUCGUCCUCUUGUUUCGUGAGGCUAGCUCAGUUUCUCACCACCACCACCAUGAACUCAAAUCUAUCCAUUUUACUCUCUUUCAACACGAAACCAUAAAUAAAACAGCAUAUCUUAUAGUGAAUGGUGUUGCAGGACCGUCCAUAAGCCAAACCACGACCCCUUUUGGCACCUUAUAUGUGUUCCAAGAUCCCUUAACUCUAAAAGCCAACUCAAACUCAAAGAUAGUUGGGACAGCUGAAGGAACAUCGAUAACAUCCUCGUUGAAUGGACUGCAGAGCAUAUCUAUUGCUAAGAUCACUUUGAUGAUGAAUCAUUACAAAGGCUCAAUAUCAGUUGUGGGAGGCACACACAAUACAAAGCCAUCUAACCAUCCUGUUGUCGGAGGAACUGGUGAUUUUCUGUUUGUUCAAGGUUACGUGACAUCUUCUCCAGUGGAUCUGUCUGGGAUCACUGUUACUUAUAAGAUCCAGUUUCACCUCUAUUGGCCUCCCUAUGCCAUUCCAAGUCAUCCCAAGUAAUGUAUUUAAGGCUACAAAGCUAUCUUUUUACAACUAUCAUAUUUCUGCUGUUUAUCUCAGUAGUCUAAAUAAAUUCUGAAGCAUUAUUAGGAACAGAUGAAGCAGGCCAAGUAAGUGUUUACCCUAAAAAUACUUCAUCUGGAUGCCACAAUGUUCUGAUUUAAAUUCUAGUGGAUCUAAUUUGAC